UGUAAACGAUCGAGUAGAACAAUUCAUAUUUAUUCCAUAUGAAUACCAGUUUGAGCCGUACGUGGCGGGAGUAGCCAUUUAGCUUUUCUAGUGAUGCCUUAGGUUUUCCUAUCGGCUGUGUAUUUUUGACCAAGCGAUCCAUCAUAUUGGCACAUUACAUAGCACUAGCUACUCUUCCAAGUGAAAAAAUGCUGCGUACACCAAGUAUACGAUGAAGAUCAAACUCUACUAGUUGGGAGUUGCCGCGACAUUUUGGUUUUCUACGUUUAUCUGCGACAGCGCUGGCUCUCUCUACCACUUGGAAUCUCCUACGAAAACUACAUCAAGGAUGACCACCUCCACAACAGAAGAACUCUUGCCCCCAAAGUGGGCUUCUGCUGUCGCUCCCAACAGUGGCAAGACAUACUACUACCAUUUGGACACGAAGGUCACGACAUGGAGAAAGCCUCCCCUCUUCAAGGAGUACGAGGACAAGGCCAGUGGUAGGAAGUAUUAUCACAACUUGGCGACGGAUGCAACACAAUGGGACGAACCGGCAUUGGAGGACAUUAUCUCGAGUCCGGAGAUGGAAGCGUUUGUUUUAACGGGGGAGAAGAUGCCGGCUGGGAGUGUUAUGAUUGAUGGGAAUUUGCAGUAGGAUGAUUCUAGAAUGUACUAAUUAAGCAGAAGUUUCGUUUUGAUAGUCGGUUGUUUCCAGAAGCCUUUUUUAGCGGUCAAAGUAACGCAAAAAUCAAAAUAAUCAAUCUAAUUGUUGUACUACUUAAGUAUUACUUAUUCCAUCGUCUAGUUCCUAUCCUAUCCUAAUCUAAUUUUGGAUUACCAUGACGACGUAACAACAAUAGAAAAAUGAUCAAUCUAAUUGUUGUACUACUGACUACUCAUUCUAAUAUUCUCCCUACCGCUUCUUCGAGCUCAACGGGUUUUCCUUCCUCCAGCACCGCAGCCGUGGAGUACACCUCUAUGACAGAGGAUAGAAGUCGAAAUCAAGUCGUGGAUCCUGCCACCCUCAAAACGCCAGAAGAACGAAAGCGUGCUUUCGCGUCUUUAGUGGAGUUUUUUCUAGAAACCAAGAUGCAGAGCGUAGCCGCAACUGCGUCAGCUUCUUUUAAGGCUUUUCCUAACCUCCAUCCAUCUUCGGGAGACUCUGUCCUGAGACCGUGUUGUCCGAAUCUGGUUUUCUUGCUUCAGCUCAUCAAGCGCUGCACUAUUCUUAUUCAUUCUCAUAUUCCACUGUAGCUGCUAAUACUACAACCUAAUGGUUGUUCCUUCCCCUUUUAUACAUUUAGAGAGGGGAACGGUCUCAGGACAGAGUCUUCCGAAGAUGGAUGAUUAGGGGUCAGCUCCAACUCGUCUACUGGUUCCUUCAACCCUAACGCGAAGGUUUCCUCUUCUGGCACUUACACCAAGAUCAAGUGGGAAGAAUUACUGAAAGCAGGCAUUGAGAGCGACCCACGUUUUCAGUGUGUGGAAAGUGGUGGCGAAAGAAAGCAGAUAUUCCACGAAACAACGCAGAGGCUGGAAAUCCAGAAGAGGGAACAGGAUAGGAAAGCGAAGCACCAUGCUAGGCAUGACUUGCUGGAAGCCUUGAGAAUGAAUUAUCCAGCGAAAAAACGCGGUUUGACGUUCAGAGAAGCAGCAGGGUCCCUUCAAGCGUUGCCCUGUUGGCAUGUUUUGCAGGUACGGCAUUAGAGUAGCUGUUGCCGGAUGCGACAAUAAUAUUAAUAAAUUCUUCUUAACUGCAAUUACAAAUACUAAUGGUUGUUCCUAAUAAAUUCUUCUUAUUUGACUAUGACCUCCACUUGUGACACUUUCUUGUCAGAAGAUCUUUCUCCGCAGUCUACUUAAAAACUUCAUCUACUUCAGGACGACUUCGAGCGUGACGAGGUCUUCCAAGAAUUUCAGGAGGAGUGGGAAAGAGAAGAGCGCGCAGAGCGCAAACGCCUUAGAGCAGAAAAGCUGAAGGAACUGGAGGAGAAGUUCUCGAACAACCCAGACCUGCGCAGGUCUCAAGUCACCUGGCGAGAGGUGCUUAGGCAGUACAAAGACGACCCGACUUUCAACAGUUUGACGAAGGCAGAAGCAUUGUCCGCGUUUCAGAGCUAUUUACAGGCGACUGGGGAGAAGAUGCAAAAACAAGCGAGAAGCUUCAAAUACCGGUUAGAAAGGGACGCGAGAGCAGCGUUUAAAAAGUGGUUGAAAGACAGGACAUGCAGUCAAAAUGAAGACUUCAAGCAAUUGUUAUGAUGCGGUGGAUAAACGUUCAUUUUGAUGACUUCACCUUGUAAAUUUUUUACUUGUAGAUUGAUUCAUUGGUCUUGACUUCCUGACGGCUAGGCAAUGUCCAAUACUUCUUACUACUUCUAGUACGCUCUCCUUCUCUAAUCUCUGACGCUUUUCUCAAAACCGAACGGAAAAAUGCUGGGAAGGAAGAAUACCUCAGGGCGCCGGACAACGCAAAGCUCAUCACUGUCGAAUGCAGCUGGGCGGAAUGCCUGAACUGGUACCUCCUUUUUUUGCUGGUGCAAUGUUACAAAUUUCAAAUGUUCAAGCAGCACAUGUUGAAAGAAGGCCCUCUUCCGUUUCCAUAUGUUGAUAUUCCAGAGAAAUUCUGAUCUUGGUAUCACUACACACCCUAUUGGGAUCAUGCCCUCAAGACUGAGUAGUCAUCGCAUAGAAAUCACCUUCUCCAACCUCGUUCUCCUCCAGGUACGACUUGACAAAGCAGAAAGUGUACGAGAAUAUGCUCGGCAACAGCGGCUCCAAACCGGACGAGCUCUUUAAGGCACAUAUGGAAGGUACUUGUUAUAUACGUACCUUGAUGUUUGAACACCGCUAUCCGUUACGGAGGAGACAGUCUGCUGGAUUCAAAACUACAUAUUUUACUACCUCUGGUCUUUCUUUUUAGGUCUGCUCCACCACAGCUAUGAUCUCCAAUUAGGAUGAAGAGUCUCAAACUCAAAUCUCAAUCAAAUCUUCCAGAAAUCCGAGAGCAACUCGAGGAGGACCGCGCUAGGGUAGAGGCCAUAUUAGCCGAAGAGGCAGAAAAAUCCAAUGGCAGAGGGUUUGCUGUGCACAGGGAGACGACCCUGGACGAAUUUCAUGAAUUUUUGCGGAGGAGAAAGCGCGUCAAUCCGGUUCACACCCGAGUAUUGUGGCAGGAUUUAGUGACUUUAGCAGAUAAACAAAAGCAGAAAGCAGAAAAAAGCGAGAAGAAAGCUAGACAGAGAUUGGUACUUAUUGUUUUUUUGGACGGGAGUUCUGGUUGAAUUGCUUGAUUCGUGCUAAGCAUCUUAGGUGCAUUCUGCAAGCUGUCGUUCUUGGCCUUCUUCCUGGCAGCCAGGCAUCUCGUGUCUUUUUCAAAUUUUCUACGGAGACAAGCAAGUUUCUUGACCCUCGUCGGACACAACUAUAGGUUCUCUUCCUCGCUGAACGGAAAGAAGUUGGGCCUUCUAUGAAAUAUAGUGAAGCUGAAGCGCGUUUUAGAGAUGAGCCAGUGUGGGAAGCGGUGGAUCCUGAACAGAGGAAAGCCAUGUUCCAAACCUUCAUAGAGCAGAUCUCUCACAUGCAACAGGAGAGCGCUAGAAGGGAUAAGAGAAGUUACGGAUUGGAUGUUUCUCGUUCUCAUAACUAGGUGGAUAAUUUGAUAUUUAGGUGGAUAAAAAUUUGAUAUUUAUUGUCAGUCGUGGCCACUAUAGUUCUUUUUUAAAGAAUUGGAUUACUUGAUUCUUUUGUAUUUUUGUUUCCUAGUAAGUUAGGUGUGCUCCACCGAUGAUAUUGUCAGUCGUGAUAGAUAAUUUGACCUAACCUAACCUAACCUUGAUGUUUGUCGUAAGUAGGUAGAGGUCCUUGUUGGUUGGUAUAUUAUUUGACUGCCUUCAUAGAGAAGGCACUCGGCUAUGUUGUUUCCUUGAGUUACAGCAUGUCAAAAAAAGUGUCUUGAUAUUUAUAGGUCCGAGCAAGAAUUUCGUCCGAGCAAGGAUCUCCUGUUGUACCACUUGCGGGCACUAGGUAAUAAAGGCUCCUAUGUACCACGACUGCGACAUGUCUCACUAUGACAUGUCUCCUCCUCUAAUGCGAAGACGAAGAAACUAGUGAUGAGUCCAGCGGUGCUGAGCAGUACGAGAUGAGUGAGGAGAGCGAUCGUCGGACGAAGAAGCGGUCUUCACGCGGCGAAAAACGGUCGAAGCGGAGUAGACGGAGAAAAAAGUCCGAUGGACGCUACCAGUACAAUUCAGAAGAUGAGGGGAGCCACAGUGAACCAAGUAGAAAGAAAAAGAAGAAGAAACGCACGAAAUGACAGAUGAUAUAAUCCUAAUGGAUGUCGAUAGAAUUUGGGAACAUGGAAUAAUCCUACAGUGUGCCAGUUUCCCGGCUUCUAUUAAUGCCGCUGGUUGCAAGACGACGCGCAUGCUGUUUUUACUUGAAGCUUCUACCAUGUUUUAAGCACAUGUUCCACACAAAUCCGAAACGCACACUCGAGAUGUGACUUAUCCGAAAACAGUGUCCUGUCGAUCUCGCGAGACUUUUUUCACAGUGCGUUGCUAUCGUACUAGUGCUGUCUUUUCGUUCUACUUCUUUCGUUUAUCAUCUCUCUGGUCGUGUACUCUCGUUGUAUAACAACUCGCUCAGUCUCAGCGCCUUCUUCCAUUUCUUCACCUUCUACGAGACAAGCCGAUCG